CAUAUUUGAUUAUUUUUUUGUUUUUACCCAAGAAACUAAUAAUAAAAAUUUCAUUUUAUUGUCCUCCUCCCUCGCUUCUCCAUGUCAUCCUCAUUUCCUUUUCACGACGCUCCACAACAGUGUCGAAGGUUCUGGGUUCUCUUCGUCCUCCUCCAUCAUCUAUUCUCUAAACUUCUUUUUUUCUCGAGAUAUAACAACUGAGAAAAGUUAGAAAAAACCUCUACCUAUACCCUCUCCCCCCAGGCAACAUUUUAGUGAAACCAUCCUAUAAAAACGAAGGAAGAAAACUUACUAUAAAGAGAACAACAACAGGCCCUUACGUGCCACUCUACGGGCACAAAAAUGGAUAAGAAUACACUAAUUGAAUACUCUCCCGAAGCGCAGAGGACCUCCAAGUGAAUCCAUAACCACACCUUAGAUAAGUUGACGGAUCACUACUUCAAAAUCACCCUCCGCAUAUGAUAUGACGAGGCAAAUCUUCUCCCAGACACCAACUGAAAAAACAUAUCUAGCAGCAAAGCCAUUAUGCAAAGAAAGUGUCAUACACCCCUCGAUGCAGAAACCCCAUAUCCAACAAUACAUGUCCGUCUGAAGCCACGUACAACAAGACCCAAAAUACAUCCCGAAAGGUUGUCAAACCGGUUUAUACCGUUGUGUCAGUGUGUGUGACAAGUGGAAUGGUACGACCAUUGGCAAUAACCGGUGGUAUAUACGUAAGUCGAUCAUACCAGUAGUGUCACGCCAAUUUCAUAACCAGUACAGGUUGAACCUGAUUCAACCGGUCGCAUCACAACCAUUAUUCCCGAGUCUUUGAACAACCAUCUCCAAAACUGUUUGAGCCUAGAAUGCACUAGGCGGUUCUGAGGCUCUGAUCCGGACUCCCUCGUCUGAUCUCCUCGAGAGUGGAAGAACCUGUGAGGCGGGGGGCGGCCCCCGGGAUCUACGCUCCGACGCCCAAAUUAGUACGAUAUAGGAAGCAGUUUAUGGUAUGUAGAGAGAGAGAGAGAGAGUUUAGAGAGAGACCUUACGGUUAGAGUCUGGGAAGGGAAGAGAGGAUCUUUGGCUUGAAGGCUUUGGCCUCCUUAUAUAGAGCUUGGGCCUCCAUGAGUGGGCUUGGACCCGGGACGCCUUGCAAUGAGUUUGGGCCUGUUUAUAAUCGUGUAGGCAUAUUAAUCCAUAUCCAAAAAAUAUUAUAAUCAAUCCCUACAUAUUGUCAUCACGACCACUUAUCUUCGUUUUCUCAUCACUUCACUACCCUAGUCGGAGACUAAAAAUAUGCUCUCGCCGAAUAACCCUUACCCUCUCUAACUUUUAACCUCACUUAUUAUUGAAUAUAAUUCUUAUCACAUUCCAUCACCAACCCCUCUUAAUUGCCUUCUUUCACCCUCUAAUGUAACCACAGCCACAUCUUCUUUUCCUUCCCAAGAAGGAAAAAUUGUGGCCGUGAAUUGGAAAACCGAGCAGCAUAUGAACACAUGUCAUAUAGUUUUGGAGUUCAUUUUCUUUAAGAAAUUUAAUGAUCCCAAAAUGACGACUAAACGUCCAUGAAUAAUGGAACAAAGAUGAUGGUUAGCUGGUGAGAGGGAGGUUUUGGGGAACGUGGACUGCUUUGGAAGCUUUCGUUUGUGAUAAUUACUAGCUAGAUUUUGUGGGUCGCCAUCCGUUUGCAUUACUAUAGGGUUUUCCUAUGUAAUGGUCAAUGGGGUUGAUGGAAUCUGUUUGCUUAUAAAUUUUGUUAAAGGUGGUUGGUUGUUGGUGUUUUAAUUGUUUUGGGUUUUUUUUCCCUCUUUAAAGAUUAAUCACAUAGUAAUUGCAUGGUGUUUGACCAAUAAUCUUAAUGUUAAAGAUGAAUGAUGGUAUGUAUGAACUUACUUAAUUAUUUGGAAUAUCUACAACAUUAAUCUUAUAAUGUUUGCCAUUGACAUGCAUAUACAAGCAACAAAAUUUUUUGUCGGAGUGACAACUUCAUUGUAGUGCAACUCGCACGCCUUCAAAAUGAUCGUUUUGUGAAUGGCUACUGGAUGCGAAACCAAUAACACUCGAGAAUCGAGAUCAAGAUGAAUGGCAUUAAGUGUCUUGAAACUAAUACAGUAAUACUUCCCAGAAUUGUGGGACUUUUUAGAUUUAAGUCCAUUUGAAGUAGAGACAUGCGUGUGCACUCAAAUACGUUAUUACGCAGCGAGCAACUGACACAUGGACCAUGUGAUAUCACCAACUUGAAAGAAAGAAACAGUGUAAACAACCAAGAAACGCGGGGUGACUGUUUUCGUGCGAACGAAACUGUUGUCUAGUGAUCUUAUCGUUAGUUUUCAGGUGAAAUUCUCAUGUUCGAAUCCCAUGAACGAGGUUAGUUUCCUCCUUCCCCCACCCAUAUAAUAGCACUCUUUUAAUAUGUUUCUAGAAGAAAAAAAAACUUUCUAUUUUUUUCAAUGUUCUUCCGUCUCAUCCAUCGAAUUUUGUAUUGAGAUCAAAGGAGGAGAACUCAACUAAUACACCUCAUGAGAACCCAUAUGGGCCUACAAUAACCUUGUUCUUUUGCACAAGAACCGCCAGCCCAAUACCCACUAGCAGCUGGGCUCAGAAAAACCAAUCCCUCAUUUGUCUGGGCUUAUUUAUCCCAUUUCCAAAAAAGAAAACAACACGAAUGAAUUAUAUUGUUGUAUAUUUUCUGAAUAAAAUAAUAUCCUAAUUAUGAAAGAAAACAAAACGUAGCGCGGACGUUAAUUCAUAACCCCACUGCCCGUCAAGAACCAAAAUUGCCGACCGCGGAAAGGUCUUCCUUCCAACUUCCCACCAACGCUACGCCGUGCCCGCCCCGGCGGAGAGAAAUUGCUUUAGGCGUCGCGUGUCGUGCACACUCCAUACCGGCGGCGCGUGGCGGAUCUCACCAUCUCAUUUUGACUACACCCUUGGAGCUGGAGCUAGCUCAUUCGACGAAGCCGGCCCUCUUUUUUUUGAUAAAGUUCACCUUCCCACUGAGACUACUCCUUAUUCUAGCUCGAUCGCCGAUCUCGGCGCCGCCGUCCUCUCUCCGCCUCCGAAAUUAGGUGCGUAAACUCUUUUCCUUCACCUUCCGUUUCUCGCUGCUUUUCAAUUGAAAAGUCCCUUCUGGAAUUGGCGCUGCUCCGUCGAUUGUGCGCAGAUCUUAUCCCUGCUCCCCGUCGAGAAAGCAAUUGAAGUUACCUGGAGGAAAACGAGAGAGAGGUUUUUGUCGCUGAAAUGUCUUGUGGCUCAGAUUGCUAGCUUCAAUCCCGAGGAGUUUGUGUAAAGAAGAAGCAUAUUGGAAGCUGAGUAGGUGCGUGCUUGCUUGCUUGUCGGUUUUCUCCCUUUCGUUUUCGUCUGUUGGUGGGGGUUUUCGGGAGCCAAACGGGUGAAAGUGUAGAGGUUAUGAAUCUGGUGGCUAGUCUAACGGCAGCAUCUGAAUCGGGAUGAUACAGGUGGAGGGGAAAUCUGAGCUGAGGUGGUGGUGGUGGUGGCGGCGGCGGUGAUGAUUUGAAGAGAAAUUGAGAGAAGAGAUGAGUGUGAGCCAUGCGUCGGUUCACCCGGUGGAAGAUCCGCCCACGACGGACGGCGGGAACAAUAACAACAACAAUGCUCCGGCGAGAGUUCGGAUGAAGGAUUUGCAAGGGAUGCCAGGGACCAAAGGUGGGCUGGCGCUGCGGGUGGCUCAGUUCUUCUUUGCUACCGCGGCUCUUCUUGUCAUGGCUACCACCAGCGACUUCCCUUCCGUCACCGCCUUCUGCUACCUUGUUGCAGCAGCUGGCUUGCAGUGUCUGUGGAGCCUUUCUCUAGCAAUCGUAGACGUAUAUGCCAUCCUAGUGAUGCGCUCCUUGCAGAAUCAUCGAGUCGUCUGCCUGUUCACAAUUGGCGAUGGGGUCACCUCCACGCUGACAUUCGCAGCAGCGUGUGCAUCGGCGGGGAUCACAGUACUCAUAGACAACGACCUCGGUAGCUGCGGGCAGAACCACUGCGUACAGUUCGAAACAGCCACGGCGAUGGCAUUCAUCAGCUGGUUUACAGCAUUGCCCUCAUUUCUUCUCAACUUUUGGUCGCUGGCCUCGAGAUAGCACCCGAGUAGUACAAAUCACCGUCGUCGUUGCUGCCCUAAUUUCAAGCGAGAGAUCGUCCUGUGUGUGUAAUCUUCUUAAUUUUUGUUUGUAAAUGAGAACACAGCGCAAGUAGUUGAUAAAUUGGAAGGUGGGGUUUACCCCCGGAAACAACUCCUUCCACCGUUGUGCUCUGAAUUCCAUUUCGUUGUGUGCGACCAGCCAACUUGUUCUACGCUGGAAAUGGACUGUGAAAAGGGAAAAGACAGAAAGGAGCAUUGCAUCUGUUGUCAAUGUCGUCUUUGAUGGUGUUAAUGUUGUUGUGUAGGGCGGCAAAGUCAAAGGAAACGACCGAGAAUUUAAGAAGCUUUGGAGGGUUCUAUCAAAUGCAUUGAGAUAUGGCGGAAAUAACUAUGCCCACAGCCAUUCAACCAGCCGAGGAACGAUUGAAAUGGUAAAGGAAAAAGCUAAUCCAAUCGGUGUGGAUAUGAUUUUUGGUGUGCACUACGAAAUUUAUACACAAACAAAUGUAUACUGAGUAUGGGUCUAAUAUGAUUGAGAUGGUAAUGAAUAUCCACUAUCCCG